UCAGUUAUAAGACGUGAUCGGUCUUCGCAUCGUUGUCCUUUUUGAAAAAAAUUAAAAAUGAUUAUAACUUUUAAAUCUUGUCAAAUAUCAACGAAAUGUCAUCAAAAUACAAUCAUUCGAUUUCCACGAAUAUAUUUAUCAACGCAAGAACACAAAACUGAGUAUAAACAAUUACUCUUCUCCUGCUUCAAAUGUUAUUCUUAAAAUAACAAUAUCAUAAUAUAUUAAUUUCCUUUAUUUACGGAAGAAAUGGAAACCUACUAUUGGCUUAGAAAUUCAUGCACAAAUAACAACAAAUUCGAAAUUGUUUUCUUCUGCUUCUACGAUGUUUCAAAAGCCUAUUAAUUCUGCUGUAUCUUAUUUCGAUUGCGCAACUCCAGGGACAAUGCCGGUGCUUAAUCGAAAAUGUGUUGAAGCAGGUAUUAGCACUGCCUUAGCGUUAUCUUGUACAUUAAAUGAGAUUUCAGUAUUUGAAAGAAAACAUUACUUUUAUGCAGAUUUACCGGCUGGAUAUCAAAUUACGCAAUCCAAACAACCAUUGGCUAUUAAUGGCAAAUUAUGUUUCUUAGUGGAGGAUCCAGAUGCACAUGGAGAACUGUACGUAAAAACGUCGAAAAUAAAACAAAUACAAUUGGAACAAGAUAGUGGGCGAAGUUUUCAUGAUGAAUCCAUUGGAAGGAAUCUCAUAGAUCUAAAUCGUGCAGGUGUACCAUUAAUGGAAUUGGUUUUUGAACCAGAUUUAAGCAACGGAGAGGAAGCAGCAGCUGCUGUAAAAGAACUUGUGAACAUUUUUAAAAUAUUGGGCACUUGCUCAUGUAAAAUGGAAGAAGGAGCAUUCAGAAUUGAUGCAAAUGUUUCCGUAAGUAAUGAUGAUAAUUUAGGUGUUCGUACGGAAUUAAAAAAUAUUGCACACGUACGUGCUGUUGCCUCGGCCAUAAAAUAUGAGAUAAAUCGGCAGAUUUCAAUUCUAGAAAGUGGACAGUUAGUUUUUAAUGAAACCAGGGCAUGGGAUAGUGUAAACAAGAAAACAAUUCCAUUACGAGAGAAAGAGGAAAAACAGGAUUAUCGGUUCAUGCCUGAGACAGAUCUUCUUCCUCUACGAAUAUGCCUCGAUAAUACUGAAAAUAAAUAUAAUUUAGUAGAUGUCGCUACAUUAAGAGAACAAUUACCUGAAUUACCACAUGAAAAACGCAGAAAGUUGAAAGAAAUAUAUGAUCUCAAGGAUCGUUUAAUUUUCCAAAUAGGUAAUGAAUUAAAAUUUUUGCAAUUAUUUUUUGAUAUAAUUGAAAGAAACAAAAAUCUUGAUCCAAACAUGACAGCAAAUUUCAUCAUAAAUACUUUACAAUUAUUUUUAAAUACAAAUGAUUUAAAUUUUGAUUAUUGCAAGAAUAACGUAGAAAAUAUUUCAGAAUUGCUUGAUUUGUACCAAUCAAAACAAGUUAAUGUGGCAAUAGCAAUAAAAGUAUUACAUUAUUUAAGUGUUAAAUCGGAUAAAAAUCCCAGUCAGAUUAUUAAAGAGAACAACUGGAUAUUAAUAAGUGAUGAAAGCGAACUAGAAAUUAUAUGUAACAGAAUUAUUGAAGAAAAUCCAAAAAUCGCAAAAAAGUAUAAAACUGGGAAACGGAAAGUAUUUAAAACAUUGUUACGAAAAGUAGCUGAAAGUACAAAUGAAUGUGCUGACAUGAAUAAAGUAGUGUUAAUUAUGGGCCGAUUAUUAGAUUCCUAAGAAAGAUGUAUACAUUUAUGAACUUACCUGAUAUAUAUAUAUAUAUAUAAUUAUAUAUAUAUAAUAUUGCAUAUUAUUUUGAUUGAUCAUUUUAAUUUUAAUAUAUUUUUUUGGUCACACUACUUUAUAAUAUAUAUAUAUAUAUUUUAUAUACAUGUAUAUAUAUAUAUAAAGAACUUUUAUGAUUCCUUUAAAAAGCUGUUUUUUCUAACAUAUUUACAUAUUAUUAUAUCCAAAAUAUUAUAUAAAACAUCAUGAUAAACUUUUUGCACAUAAUUCUCUAUAAAUUGCAGUGUCACAAGUACAAAAUCAAAUAGGAAAUAAAUAAUUCUGAUAUUACAAAUUGGAGACUAGAAUUAUCAGUCCCCUUUUGCAACUAUAAACGUGUUGCCAGAAUCGUAAUAGGUUUAUUCUUAAUAUUUAUAAUCAUUAAAUAAAAUAUAGACACAUCGCAUGGCAUUCUAUAAAUCUUCGUUAUUAUAAGCAUUUCCUAUGCCUGAGAAUGUGACAUGUCUAUUAGUAUAUCAUGGAAGGUAAAAGCAGAUAACAAUCUUUAUCAAAUUAUGAAUAGCAUUCAUGAGAAGAAAAUGAUUAUAAUACAUGUUAACAUCUUGAAUAUUUCACAUAUAUACACAUGACUCGUAUAUUUACUUUUGUAUUAAAUAGCAAAUAAAGCUAUGAAAUAUAAAAGAUAUUUUUAUAAAAAGACAAUUUAGUUCUGAAAACCAAAUACGAAUUGUUCUUCUAAUUUUAUAAAUACUGAUAUAAUAAAAAUGAAUAAUAAUAUCGUCUUGAUUGAUUACACUGGCUAAAAUAGUAUCUAGUUCUUUAUUAUUCAUCUGUAAUACUACUAAAAAUACGUCGUAUUAAAAUACUACUCAUGUAAACAAUAAUAUAAGAUAUAUUUGAUAAAGAUCGUCCUGCAUAUUGUAAAUUAUAGCAUCAGCUAUUAUACAGUGAUUAUAACUAUACAAUAGAGAAUAUUAUAUUAUACAUAUAAGAAAACUUUGUUGAAUAAAUCAAUUAUUUAAAAAAAUUUGAAGUUAAAAAUUUUAAUAUCUACAGAACUGAUGCUUAAAAAGCAAAUGGUUCCUAUUUAAUUUUUUGUCCAAUUGUUCGGUUAUAAUCUAUUUUUUUUUUUUUUCUUUUUUCACAGAU